CGUCAAGUAUUUCCACCAGAGGGCAGUAAAUAAAACACCAAACAAACGAAGAAGAAUGAAACACGAAGGCUUCCGUUGAGCAUCAAAGAAGAAGAAAUAAAAGAAGCGACCAGACCAGAGGGAGACUCCAGUGCGAGAACAAGAAAACUGCACCAAACUUCGGAUGUCACCAUAAACGGAUAUUUGUUUUCAAGCAAACGUCGUUUUGGAAAGGCAAACAUGAACCGUUUCAACAGGCCUUAUCGGCACAAGACGUAUCCAUUCACCAGGACAACACACCAUGGAGCAUCCAAGCCUGACCUGGAGAGGGAUUCAGGCUUCUCAGAUGCGAGCUCAGAGUACCUCAGUGCAGUUGAUCUGACUGACUCUGAGGAUGUGGGCAGGAGCGGGUCAGUUAUCAGCCAGGACCAGACUGGACCUCAGGUGGCUUUGAUGGGAGGCUCAUACGCUGGACUAUCUCCGAUGAUCAUCAUGAAUAACUUUGUCUUAAAGCAGCCAUCUGCAAUGACCGCCACAGAGAAACAGUGGGGCUUUCCGUCUCCCAUGGAAGUAAUGCCUCAGUCACAGGUUGUUCUUCUGCAGCCAGUGGUAUCAAAUAGCAGCAGCAGCAGCAGCAGCAGCAGCUCUCAAAAGUCUGCUCCUGAAAAUAAAAAACAAUCUAAAAGCUACAUGCCCAUCCUUAAGUCAUAUCCCAGAAUUGCCCCACAACCUGCAGACACACCAACUAAGAGGGUGGGAUCCUCCAGGGUGAGGGUGAGUUCAACAUCAGGAUAUGAGCGGCGACAGAGGAGGCAUCACCACAGCCACAGGCUGUACAGCUCUCCCAGCCCGCAGCCAGCACUGCAGAGCACAAUCAAACCCAUCUCCAGCUUUGAAGCAGCAGACAACCAACCACAGGCAGCUCAGAGUCACAAGCAACUCACUGACACGUCCUUCUCAGUGCUGGCAGGGACCAGCUGUCUGCUCCCAUACACAGAUGAUUUCAGGACUGAGACUGAUUCCAACGAGAUGCAGGAUGAUGAUGAUCAGGACCCCUUCUCUGUGGACAACAACAAACUCAAACGUUUCAGCAAUACCUACAACAUCCUCAACAAAUCUGGCCUGCUCGGCAUCACCAUGCGCACAAAGCAGCUGAUCAAGGAAAAUAAGCGCACCCAAGGUCAGCUCCAGCAGCUUCAGGAGCAAACGGCUCUGCUGCUGGAGGCUCUGAGCAGCGGAGACCCGCAGCUCUGGACUAAACUGCAGCUCUCUCUGCAGCACACAGACAAGGAGCAGUGGGCAGCUAAAGCUCCGAGAGUCCUGGCAUAAUAUUAAGAUAGGCAUGAACAGCAGUUCUCUAUUAAAGGGGUCACAGGAUGGAUUGCUGAAGGCAAAAACAUAUCUCAAAUAAUAACAACAUAAGCUUUCCUCGCUUGAAGUAAAACUUACAGCACACAGCUUUAUAACUAAACAAGCUGUAACUAAUCUUAACUCUACACUUUCACACUUCUGUCAGGAGAAAUCCUCUGAAAUGUAAGAGUUAUGGAGCGAACAUGUAGAACUGCUGGUUUGAAUUAAGACUGAAGCACACCUAUUAUUACCGAGUGGCGGUUUGGAAGCAUGCUAACACUUAAAACCCUUGCCUAUAAUACAUUUUAUUGUCUCUCUUGCUUCAAAGUGGCAAGUUUAACUUGCUAUAGGGCUAUGGCUUCUAUAUAUUGGACCCCUGAUUGCAUAAAAUGCAUGCCUUACAGCACAUGUGAGGAAACAUGGGGUUAAUACCUUAUACAUGCCUUGAAUAUAAUUGCUGAUAGAGAUGACAAGAAGAAUACAAACUCUUUCAAUCAAACCGAAAACCUGAAUGGUUAUGUCUGCCCUUUGAAGCAUCAUUAAUCAACUGGGCGCUGUCUUGAUAACUUUUUAUUGUUUACUUUGAUUUUGAAAUCUGUCAGCCAAUGAACCUGCGUUAGCUGAUGUUUCAUGUAAGUGAAAGUAUGUUUACUGGCAGCUUGUGUUCUAUAUUUCAAAAAUAACAUCUGGGUAGCUCACAAUAGGAGGGCUAAACAGUGAAAUGUUGAUAUGAUUUAGUCACUUGGUCUAAGUGUUAUUUAUUUGUUUUAUGUUUCUGACCCAGACUAAAGCCAUGUGAUUAAUGUAAACAGACUGAGCACAUAAUGAAGUCUUUGCAAAGCAAGCUCCUUUUGUCAAAUAAUGCCGCUAAGAACCGAGUGGAGUUUGUACAAGUUUCAACUGUAGCAGGUGAAGUGCUGUAGCCAUGAACUAACAGAUCUCCUUUACUCUUACUUUGUAGCUGCCAUGUUCAUUCCUGCUUGAGCUCAGUAUUACGUGUUAUUGAUUAAAAUGUCUAGAUUUUGAAAUGACAGCUAAAUGGUUUAUUUUUGCGUUAGACUCUUGCACUUAAGUUAUAUAAUGACUGACAUUAUUUUAGACGAAUGUUACGACUUGUGUUCAUGUGUGAGCGUUCUGUUUUGGAAAAAAAAUGUUAAUUGAAAUGCUUUUCUGGAUGCCUGUGCCUUUUUGAACAUGUCAGUGUUUGUACUUCAUAUUAAUACUGAGCAGCUUAGAUUGUGAGCUUCAUGUGGAGGGAAGUUGAAUGUCCUGAAAUUUAUCCAAAGAAGUAAUAUUCUUGUCCGAUUUGAAAAGAAUCACGUCCUGGCUUGGAGCUGCUGUGUAGAGAAUAACAUGAGUACAAGUUAAGCCAUCAAUGAGUUAGUUUUAAAUGUUGAGUCUAGGUUUACUGUUCUAGUAUUUAUUAUUGCGACAGUACACAACUGUUGCAUCGUUUCCUUAAUCUUUAGUUACUGCUAACUAAAAGGUAGUCCAAUCGGUCUUGAUUUCAAAGGGCAAUGACACUUUAUGAAGAGAUUUUUUCAGAGAUUGCUUUUUUCUGUUUUUGUGAAAUGUGCUUUCUUUGUAUUGUUUCUUUAGCAACAGCCACUUUGACAUGAUGAACAGUCAUAAAAACUUUAAACGUCAU